GGAUACUGCCCCGCAACCCUACCGCAAUGUUAUGUACGAUCGCCGUGUAAUACGUGGACCUGUAUUUGGUACUCAACAACUUUUGGAAAGCUCUGAUCCCUUCGAUAAAGCAGCUGAACUGCGUCGACGCCACGCCUUACGGAAGCAAAAAGUUUGUCGAAAUCAACGCAACAUCCUUGGUACACCGCCACCAGUCAACGGACGACAACAUGAAGUUAUUCAAACUGAGAAAUAUUUGGAAGAGUUGGUGCAACGUCCGCCAGAGCUCUCAGUAGAUACUCAGACCGAUUUGUUCCUCGAAAAACCACCAGAGCCACCUUAUGUCCCGGCCAAAGUGGGCGUUGAUGCCGCCACCGAAAUCGGCGAAGGUGAACUUUUCCACUUUGAUGCCGAGGCUCAACCGAUUAUCGAUAUACUUGUGGAUGCGUGCAUCGAGCAAAGCAUUUUGGAAGUGGCACACGAACGGGAGAUUGCAGCGCUCCGCCAGAAACAAGCCGAAUUCCUUGCUCAACGGGAAGCCGAAUUGGCUGAACUACGACGCCUCGAAGCAGAGGAGUUACGCUUAAAGGCCGAAAAGGAGCGUCGCUUACAACAAGAUGCCAUCGCAAAGGAAUUGGAUGAAGAGAUGCAAAAGAGCGUGACAGCCGCCAAAUUAUUGCAGGGUCAUAUUGCUGGUUUAUUACCAGAAGUUUUGGACAACCUCGAACCGGCUACCGAUGCUGCAAAGAAAGAGCACCUCAUGAAGACCGUCGCACCGUGGUUGACUAACGAAGUUGCAGAAGAAGUGGGACAUAUUGUAGACUCGCGUGAGAUACUCACAGCCAUCAUACAAGAGAUCAUUAAACAGCGUGCAACAGCAUAUGCUGAUUACAAGGAAGAAAUGCCGCUGGAAACCGUAAUAGAGCGUGGUGAAGAUACAGUGGAAGAGGAAACGAAGGAUGAGGCUUGCACUUGUGAAUCGAGCGAUAUCAGCAGUGAGCAAACGGAUAAAUGUGGCGACUUAUCGAAGAAGAUGUGAUUAAUAGAAUUAGUUUGAUUUCUAUUGAUUGAUCAAUCUUUUUACUUUUUGUACAGACCAACUUAACUUUAAAAACACUAUACUUCAAUUACACGUACAUUUCUGCAAACAAACAUUAACAAAUUUUCGGGAUUACAUACAUGAUUUUUGGAUGCGUAUGAAAUCUUUUCAGGUAUCUCAAAAAGAUUUCUGUACAAAGCGUAAUUGAAUAAAUUAUGCAAGCGGGUCAAAAAACAUGCAUACACACUUAUUUACACAUCGUCAUCAUUAGUGCGAAAUCCUCUAUUUGAAUUUUGAAUGCGAUAUUUUAAAGAAUACUGCCUUGCAACCAUCUUCACUGUUGAUUUAACAAUUUUUUUUCGCUAUUAAAUUUAACCUUUGAAAUUUCACAUUUUUCAAUUAGAUUCUUUUGUGCUGAUGAUGA